AUGCAGAGCAACGGCAGCGCGCCCGGAGCCCGGAGCGGCCUGAGCGUGUGCGGAGGAGAGGAGGACGAACGCGAAAUCUUCAAACUUGUGAGCCCCACGGGAGCAGCCCCAGCGUUUAACCUCUCACUGAACUGCUGGCUUCACAUCCUGUCCAAGGAGUCCUCGCUUGACCAGCAUGGAGACAGCGCCAACCUGGCAAUGCGAGUUGUCAUCGCUCUGGUCUACCUGGUGGUGUGCGUUCUGGGGCUUGUGGGUAACCUCCUGGCACUCUUCCUGCUCCACUCCCGCCACCGCGGCCACCACCACUCCUCCGUCGAUUGCUUCGUGAUGAGCCUGGCGCUGACAGACCUCCAGUUUGUCCUCACCUUGCCCUUCUGGGCCGUGGACACGGUGCUGGACUUCCGCUGGCCCUUUGGCCGGGUCAUGUGCAAGAUCGUGAGCUCAGUCACCACCCUGAACAUGUAUGCCAGCGUCUUCUUCCUCACCGCCAUGAGCGUGACCCGCUACCGCUCCCUGGUCACCUCUCUGAAGAUGCACAGCCCCAGAAUCGCCACCGCUCGUGCAAAAUGGGCCAGUUUGGCCAUCUGGGUGGUGUCGCUGGUGGCGACGCUGCCUCAUGCCUUCUACUCCACCACAGUGCAGGUGUCUACGGACGACGAGCUGUGCUUAGUGAGGUUCUCCGACUCCGAUUCAGACCACUGGGAUCCUCAAGUCCUGCUUGGACUCUAUCAAACACAGAAAGUCCUCCUGGGAUUCGUGGUUCCCUUGAUCAUCAUCUCUGUGUGCUACCUCCUCCUCCUGAGGUUCAUCCUGAGCCGGCGCAUCGUUGGCAGCGUGGUCAGCGGGAGUGUCACAGAGAGGUCGGAGUCUGAGAAAGGACGCCACCGCCGCCGCUCCAAAGUCACCCGCUCCGUCACCAUCGUAGUUCUGUCCUUCUUCAUCUGCUGGCUGCCCAACCAGGCUCUCACCCUGUGGGGGGUGCUCAUCAAAUUUGACUUGGUGCCCUUCAGCAAAGCCUUCUACAAUGCCCAGGCCUAUGCCUUCCCACUGACUGUGUGCUUGGCUCACGCCAACAGCUGUCUCAACCCGGUGCUCUACUGCCUGAUCCGGAAAGAGUACAGAGCCGGACUGAAGGCGCUUCUGCUCAGAGUGUCUCGCUCCAUCCGAAAUGUUCUCACUCUGGCUCUGAGAGGGAGGAGAGUGGAGGAGGCGCCACCCAGCCUGGUUAUGAUACACAAAAACAUCAAUAUGUAA